CCGAGUCCGCGCGCGCGUCAGUCGGUCCCGAGUGCGGCUGCGGGGCGACCGGCUGCAGACAGCGGGGCGCGCGGCCCGGGGGAGGUGUCGGUAUCGGUGUCGCGGGAGGAGCGUCGGAGCCCGGAGACUCGCACAACGCCAUGGCCCCCAUUGGCCUGAAGGCGGUGGUCGGAGAGAAGAUCAUGCAUGAUGUGAUCAAGAAAGUUAAGAAGAAGGGGGAGUGGAAGGUGCUGGUGGUGGACCAGUUAAGCAUGAGGAUGCUGUCCUCCUGCUGCAAGAUGACGGACAUCAUGACGGAGGGAAUCACAAUUGUGGAGGAUAUCAACAAGCGCAGAGAGCCGCUUCCCAGCCUAGAGGCCGUGUACCUCAUCACCCCGUCUGAGAAGUCUGUCCACUCUCUCAUCAGUGACUUUAAGGACCCACCAACUGCUAAGUACCGGGCUGCACAUGUGUUCUUCACAGACUCGUGUCCAGAUGCCCUGUUCAACGAGCUGGUGAAAUCCCGAGCAGCCAAAGUCAUCAAGACGCUGACGGAAAUCAACAUUGCAUUUCUGCCCUAUGAGUCCCAGGUGUAUUCCCUGGACUCUGCCGAUUCUUUUCAAAGCUUCUACAGCCCUCACAAGGCUCAGAUGAAGAAUCCUAUCCUGGAACGCCUGGCAGAGCAGAUUGCAACCCUGUGUGCCACCCUAAAGGAGUACCCAGCUGUGCGGUAUCGGGGGGAGUACAAGGACAACGCCUUGCUGGCUCAGCUGAUCCAGGACAAGCUGGACGCGUACAAAGCUGAUGACCCAACAAUGGGGGAGGGUCCUGACAAGGCACGGUCCCAGCUCCUGAUCCUGGAUCGUGGCUUUGACCCCAGCUCUCCUGUACUCCAUGAGCUGACUUUUCAGGCUAUGAGUUAUGAUCUGCUGCCGAUCGAAAACGACGUUUACAAAUAUGAGACCAGUGGCAUUGGAGAGGCGCGGGUGAAGGAGGUGCUUCUGGACGAGGACGAUGACCUGUGGAUUACGCUGCGUCACAAGCACAUUGCAGAGGUGUCCCAGGAGGUCACCCGGUCUCUGAAGGACUUUUCCUCUAGCAAGAGGAUGAAUACUGGAGAGAAGACCACCAUGCGGGACCUGUCCCAGAUGCUGAAGAAAAUGCCCCAGUACCAGAAGGAGCUCAGCAAGUAUUCGACUCACCUGCACCUUGCUGAAGACUGUAUGAAGCAUUACCAAGGCACCGUAGACAAACUCUGCCGCGUGGAGCAGGAUCUGGCAAUGGGCACAGAUGCUGAGGGGGAGAAAAUCAAGGACCCCAUGAGAGCCAUUGUCCCCAUCCUGCUGGAUGCCAACGUCAGCACUUACGACAAAAUCCGCAUCAUCCUUCUCUACAUCUUCCUGAAGAACGGCAUCACCGAGGAAAACCUGAACAAGCUCAUCCAGCACGCCCAGAUCCCCCCAGAGGACAGCGAGAUCAUCACCAACAUGGCUCACCUUGGUGUGCCCAUCGUCACAGACUCGACGCUACGCCGCAGGAGCAAGCCGGAGCGGAAGGAGCGCAUCAGUGAGCAGACCUACCAGCUCUCUCGGUGGACCCCAAUCAUUAAGGACAUCAUGGAGGACACCAUUGAGGACAAACUGGACACAAAGCACUACCCGUAUAUCUCCACCCGCUCCUCUGCCUCCUUUAGCACCACCGCUGUCAGCGCCCGCUAUGGACACUGGCACAAGAACAAAGCCCCCGGGGAAUACCGAAGCGGGCCCCGCCUCAUCAUCUUCAUCCUUGGAGGUGUGAGCCUGAAUGAGAUGCGCUGCGCUUACGAAGUGACCCAGGCCAACGGCAAGUGGGAAGUGCUGAUAGGUUCUACUCACAUUCUCACUCCCACCAAAUUCCUCAUGGACCUGAGACACCCCGACUUCAGGGAGUCCUCUAGGGUAUCUUUUGAGGAUCAGGCUCCAACAAUGGAGUGAGAGCCAAAGAAACAAAGAUCCACGCACAUUCUCACCCCACAGAAACUGCUGGACACGCUGAAGAAGCUGAAUAAAACAGAGGAAGAAAUAAGCAGUUAAAAACAUAAGCCGCCCUCCAAAACCCUGGCUCCCGUCCCACAGUGCUCUGCAGCCCCCCAGCGCAACGCCUCGGUUACUCUGCCGCCUCCCCAGCCCUGCACGCCCUGGCCACCCCGUUGCCACGCUGAGUUCUUCUCCUGUGUGACGACAUCCUAUCUUGUCCUUUGAAAAGCAAGAGAGUAAUGUGUUGUUUUUUAAAAGUGAUUAUCUUCUGUACGUAUCCCACAAGAAGGUGACAUGCAGAAGCGUCAGAACUCUAGACUGAGUGGACUCUCCUAUAUAAGCCCCUGUGACCUGUACAUAGCCCUAUGCCGCGUGCGCACCGUGCUUGAGUAUGGAAAGGUAGAUGUGUGUGUGUUUCUCAAAGCUUGUUCGGGUUCAUUUCUGUUCUUGUUGGGAAUUGUGUCUGUCCCCAGAUAUUCCACACUGAGGAAGGGAUCUCUUUCUCUCCCUAGUCCCUCUCACUGCCUGUCCUCAUGCAGAAUGGAACUGACCUCUUCUUGGCCCAGUGUUGCAGCUGUGGGUGGGGGCUUAGGGUGGCCACAGGAAGCCAGUCUGGGCGCCAGCCAGUGUUGUUGCCAAAGCCUGGCACUAUUCCCCUGCCCGUGUCCACAGUGCUGUAACCUCAUUUAAGUCCUUCCAUCUGAAUCGGCAUGCCUAGCACCCUCAGUUCUGCAAGAGAAGCCACCUUCUUUCCCCAGGGUUCACUUGAACAGGUCAGCCUCGACAGAGGGCAAGGGUCAGGACUGGACUGGAAGGCAUGGAUUUGGUACUCUGGUCAAGGGUGUUUUCCAAUAGAAGGGUUGUAGGCCUGAGGAACGGGGGCCCUGCUAAUCUUGUCUCCACUCUGCGAGCAACAUCAGUCGGAGUUUAAGAUACUUCAUCAAUCUUAUUUUGUGUAAGGUACAGUCAUAUGUCAUUGUGUUGUAUGAGAAAAAUGAUCACUUUAUUCUUUGUAUUAAAAUCGUCGCUGUAUAAAACGUAGCUAGCUAUAAAGCAGGAAAUUCCGAAGCAGAUGCUGGAAGGAUGGCCUCCAUCCUCAGGACACGGCAGCUCUGAGCAGGCCACUCACUCUGCUGCUGAAGUCAUGAAACAUACAGACAGUGGAAGUCACAAAAACGUCCCCAGCCCAGCCCCUGCCCCUCCCUCGCUCCCGCAGAUUUGUGUGUUAGUGUGUCUUGUGCUGUCUUCGCAAAUGUGGUGUAUGCCUUCCUCCUCCGCAAGUGACCUGUGCCCUUCCCCCUCCCCGGCUCUAGAGUCCCCUCCUCUCAGCAGUUCUUAGUCCUGCCCUGCCCUCUGCCCCCAGGGACCUUUCUUCCUGAGGACCCAACCAUAGCAGCAGCGCUGGUUGAUUUCUCGUGUAGCCGCUUCUGUCCCUUCCCUCUGGUCAAGCGAUGCUCAUGCUUCAGGACCUUGUUUGUUGAACACGUGGGGUUUCCUGUAUGUUAUUUAUAUAAAUAAUUUCUCAAAAGGAUAUUUAAAAAAAAGCUAGUCUGUCUUGAAACUUGUUAACUUGAAAUUCUCAAAUCUCGGUGUUUAAGUAUGGAAGCACAACCGUGUACCACUUUGUACCGUCCUGUACUGCAGCAUUCGAGUCUAAUAAAGACAUCAUCGCUCA